AAUUCUGCAAGUGGUUCUAAUUUACUAUCGCUGUUCUCUAGCUGGUCUAAAACCACUUUUGACCUAAAAAGACGCUUUUUGGACGCCAUGAACGUUUCUCAGUUUCCAGGCAGAAAGAACAGUAAAAAUGCAGGCAGGGCACAGGACAAAGCACUCGGGACAAAAUGUAUGUGAAAUGGUAUGAUACAGUAAUUAUUGAAUGAAUGUCAAAUUUUUACAUUUUUAAAAUUCCCGCCGGUUCCAUCCCCCGUACGUCCCGACGCUCGCAGGGAAUGGAACCCGGAAGACGAAUACCAGCAUCGGCCAGAGAACAUGGCUGGGGAUGCUGCAGAGAGGACAU